AAAGAAAGGGAUGAACCCCCGUCCCCCUCCCCUGAAGGAGCCCCAAACAGAGCUGCGCCCAGAGGGAGGCAUGCAGAGGCGCUUUCAGAGGAAGUUCUUGCUGCUGCCGCGGGACAGAAGCAGCUGGGAUGGCUGACCAUCCUGAUAGGCCUUGGAGGCAGGCGGCAACGCUCUCCAUGUAUCACUCGCCAGCCGUGCAGUCCUCACUCGCUUGCCCAGGUAAGCUGGGGCAGAGCCUGCUGCAGCCCAGCUCUGGUUGUGGGAGGGCUGGCACCAAGGAGCUGCAAGCUCACCUCACCUCAUCUCACCUCACCAUGCCGGCUGCGAGGUGGCCUGUGCGGUCCACGCUCAGGGAGUCACACUCCUAUGCUGCAUCCCAGCCCCUCCAGCAGCACAGUAUGUCCUGGGUGACUUUGAGGAUGCUGUUCAACCUCUCUAAGCUAAAGCUCCUCAACUGCAGCAUCAACAGAUCAGUGCCGACCUGGUAAGGCCGUCGAGAGCAUCAAAUGCUACUGUUCGGUAGGUGCCUGACACAUAGUAGGUCCACAAGCAAAUGAUUUUCCUAAUUACAUCAUUUCUAGCACAGAGCUGGAGGAAAUGGCGAGGUGCAGGUGGCCGCUGGGCCCUGCUGUUCUACCUGGGAGUAAGAUAGCUGCUAGGUGAAGGGGAAUGACCAGGCAGCCACAGGGAGGACAUGUGGCCUCAGGAAGCCUGAGAGUGUAUCCUGGUUCUGCCAGGAACAUGCGUGGGGCUUUGUGUGGGUGACUCUCUGGAUCCCCUUUCCUACUAUUGUAUCCUUAAAGUGCCUCUGAGGCCAAAGCCCUUGUGGCAAUUGUCAAAUGAGUCUGUAUGCAGUGAGUAUCGUGUUGAGGGAGGACAAGGUCACCAAGAGCUGAGAAUGUUUCUCCGAGUGAUGAGACCUAGGUGUUGGGUACAUGGAGAUCCCCGGUCCCUUUGUGAUGCCUGCAUCCUGUUGCCUCCUUGCCUGAACCCCGCCUCAGCUCAGAAAGCCAAUUUCCUAGAUUCCAAAGGCCUUCCCAGAUCAAUUAGCAUGUCCUGCAGCUGUCAGCUCCCUGUGCCUAGCCUGGACCUCAGCCCAUGUCUAGCACCCAGUCUCCCACCCCCACACAUAUUCACAAAUAAAUUGAAAUAACAAAUGACAUAAAUUCUUCA